ACAUAAACUAUUAUUAUGUUUAUUCGGACAAUUACGUAAUUUAUCAACGAGUGAUUGCAUCCGUUUAACUCAUCAUUGUCUGUGUUAUUGUGAAUGUGUCGUCAUGUGUACGCGUUUGAGUUUUAUUAUACUCUUAAGCUGUUUGUGGUCAGUUACAUACAGUGCAAAAAUUUUGUGUGUUUUUUAUCUGGCUGGUCCAAGUCAUUAUAUUUUGGGUAACUCGUACGCCAGAGCUUUGGCAGAAAGUGGCCAUGACGUCACUAUGAUCAGCCCAUUCAAAGAAAAUAAUCCACCAAUAAAUGGUAGUUAUCGGGAUAUCGUUCUGACUGGAUUUAAAGAAGAACACGAGGAAUUUAUGAAAAAGUUUGACCUUUUUAAUCGUGAUUCAGCUACAUUCAUGUCACUGAUUAAUUUUAUUAAAAGUACAAUAGAAUUAACUGAAAGAACGUUGCAACAUCCAAACGUGCAAAAGCUGAUGAACUCCGGUGAAAAAUUUGAUGCUGUAGUGGUGGAGCAAUUUUUAAAUGAAGCUCUUAAAGGACUUGCUCCACAUUUUGAAGCACCUUUAAUAAUAUUUAGCUCAGUUGGUGCGAACAAUUGGGUGAAUCCUCUAGUUGGAAAUCCUUCACCGCCGUCAUAUGUGUCGGAUAUGAAUUACAAUUUUCCAAGCGAUAUGACCUUCUUACAAAGGUUACAGAAUACCCUUAUGAUUCAAGUUGGAGCUUUAAUGAACUACUUUUAUGUUUAUCCAACACAUGGGGAAAUCAUGAAGAAGUACAUUCCAAAAGCUCCUCAUUAUUCUGAAGUUAUAUAUAAUGCUUCUUUGGUUUUACUAAAUUCAGACUCCAGCAUAAACGCACCUGUACCUAAGGUUCCCAAUAUGGUUGAAAUCGGAGGAUAUCAUGUCCAACCACCAAAGAAACUUCCUGCUGAUUUGAAAACGUUUUUAGAUGAUGCCAAAGAAGGGGUAGUUUAUUUCAGUAUGGGCUCUAAUCUUCGGAGUAAAAAUUUACCCUUGGAAAAAAGACAAGCUAUUUUAAAUGCGUUUUCUAAAUUAAAACUUAAGGUUCUUUGGAAAUGGGAAGACGAUGUUUUACCAGGUCAGCCGAAAAACGUUAAACUUAGUAAGUGGCUGCCUCAACCCGAUGUUUUGGCUCACCCAAAUGUGAAGCUUUUUAUCACACAUGGCGGAUAUUUGAGCACAACUGAGGCUGUUUACCACGGGAAACCAGUAAUUGCUUUACCAGUAUUUGGUGACCAGUUCUUAAACGCUGGAAACAUAGAGUUAAGAGGAAUGGGAAAGUAUAUUCGAUUCCGAGAUUUGACUGAAGAAAAUUUAACGUCAAUGUUAAACGAGUUAUUAAAUAAUCCCAUAUAUUUUGAAAAUGCCCAAAGAGGUUCCAAGAUUAUGCACGAUAAGCAAGUGUCACCUAAAGAAAAUGCUGUCUUUUGGACUGAAUACGUCAUCCGCCAUAAAGGAGCUCCACAUCUUAAAGUAGCCGGUGUUAACUUGCCAUUGUAUAAAUACUUAUUAUUGGAUGUUUAUGGACUUUUGGCAUUAGUUGUAAUUUCUGUGGUAUAUGCACUUAAAACUGUAUGUAAAAAAUUGUGGUGUCGGAAGAACCAACUAAAAUCAGAAAAGAUAUGUAUGAAAAAGAAUAAUUAAAGACAAAUUCACUGUUACAUAUAGUUAAUAAUAAUUAUUUAAAUAAUUUUUAUUAUAAAUGUAUUUAAAUAUUAAACUUAGUAUUCACUUAAUAAAAUAAUAUUGAAUU